CGGCCCCGCCGAGCCGAGCCGAGCCGAGCCGAGCCGGGCCGGGCCGGGGGCCAUGUGGGGGGCCCGGGCAGCGGCGGCGGCGGCGGCGGCGGCGGGGGUGCGGGGCGAUCGGGCGCUGCGCACCUCCGCCGCCCUCGGCGGCUCCAGGAACCUGCUGAAGAAAAUGCUGCACAAAACCAAAAGUUCUGGUAUGACAGUCCUGCCCUGGAAUCUAAAAUGAUGUAUAAACCAACGAAAUUGGCCUCUGCAAUGAAAGAUGACGAGAUAAAAAUUAGGAAAGAAGAUAACAUACGCUGCAGAGUCUUGAAUAGUCUUAUUUAUAAAGCUGUGACAGAGAUGAUGACUACGUGUGAAGUCAAUCAAGAGCUGUAUGACCUCAAGCUAGAAAUCUGCAAGGUGUCCAUGGCAGCAAAGUUUUCAGCAUGUCGUAUUUACUGGAACCCUUCUUCUACUAUGGAGAAAGACAGUUAUGUUGAAAGUGUACUGCAGAAGAGUGCUCCACGUAUAAGGUAUCUUCUGAUGAGUCAUCAGAUUAUAGGAAAUGUACCUCCAAUAGUAUUUGUAAAAGACAAAGAAGCAGCAGCUUUAAAAAAGAUUGAUGAAUUAUUGUCAAUUGCUGAUUUUGGACUUCCAGAAGAAGAAGAAAAGUUACCGCAAAAUGACUCCAGUAAAUCAGACUCUUCAACAACAAAAUCUUCAGAUUCAUCCAUCCGAUCUAAUCUUUUUGGUAUUGAUCAUGAAUUGCUGAAUAAGCAGAUAAUGGAGUACAAAAGACUGAAAGUGUCAAAAGAUACAGAAGGCAUUCCCUGGAUGGAACAACAGGAGCAGCAGCUGUCUGUGAUCCAGAAGAAAAUGAAAAAGAAAAAAGUAAAGAAUCCUCGUGAUGAUGAUGUUACACCACAGAAAUACUUACUGGACAAGUAUGAAGCUGAUUAUUUGGAUGACAACACUGAAUCAAUCUCCGACUAUGAGCUGGAGCAUGAACUGCAGGAAGAAGUAAACAAGUUGGAGGCAGAUGAUGGCAGAACUGAAAGUCAACCUACUGUUAAACUGAAGUGAAAAAGCCACUCACUUUAAAAUGGAGACUGUGAAUAGUAAAAAAGACUGCCAUAGAUACGGAAACAUUAGUUUUAUACAGUCUGUUCACCACUUCCUCUUUGAAACUAACAGGUUUGCCUCACAUGCUGAGGUUUGCUAGCAGAAGUUAUAUAAGAAGAAUGAAAAUGGUGUUUUUGAUGCUCCGUUAAGAGCUUUCCAAGCUGCUGUAGUUGUAGGAAUUUCAGCCAGAGAGUAGUUUUUUAACAACAGCAAUAUACAUUGGGCAGAACUGUGAGUUAAAACUUCUUGCAGUUCAGUUUGUUAUUUCCAAUAAAAUUAUUCUUGUUUCUGUGUAAUUAAAAAAAAAAAAAAAAAAAAAAAAAAGUUGGAGGUGAUUUGGAUAAAAAUAAUCAUAAAAUGAUGGUGCCUGUUUUUCUAAGGACAGGAAGGAAGAAGGAAAGCAGAAUAAUGACAAUGGAGUUCAAAAAGCAGCCUUCAGUACACAGACCUGGCUGUGUAUUCUCCAGGAGCCCUACUGUAAUGGGGCUCUUUCCACAAGAGGGUGAAACCCAUUGAGGUUGUGGCAAAUAAAGUUAGAGGCCUGAAAGAAAAUCAAUUAAUUUAUAUCAGUAUUUGGAGAUCUACAGCUGUGAAGAAGGGGUUGCAACCAGAAAAGGACUGGGAACGGCUCAUCUAUUUGGCAAAAUAAGGCAAAGCAUUAACCAUUACUGAAUAGAAUGUAUUAAAAACAAAAGCAGAGAAAAGGCACCAAGGAAACAGAGUCGAAGAUUGAUCUGAAUGUUCUAGUAACUGUUUAUGAUUUAAAAAAGGGUAAGGAAUCGUAUGAAAAGCAAGAAUAAAGCCCUGACUCAAAGCAAGUACAAAUAAUAGCACAAGUGCAUAAAGUUAGAAAGGUUGAAGCUACAAAAUAAAUUACAAUGAAAAAUGUAGUAAAGAGUUCUACAAGAAGUAAGGAAUACUUGAGUCUACUAGUUGAUGAAGAAGUAAAGUAAUUAACAGACAAUACAAGAGCGGCUGCACUACAGUAUGUUGCUUUAGUCUUUCAAAAAGAUUUAAAGAUGGUGAAUGUAGGCUCCAAAAUAUAAAAAAUAGUUUAAAGGAUUUUUUAGGUAAAUGAGAUAAAUUCAGGUCAGCAAAGUACACUGAAAUUCACUGUAGUCUAUUUAAUAAUCCACUUGAAGCAUAUUCUAGAGAUUAAAGAUUGCUUUUAAGAACCUGGAGAAGAUAUGAGCUAUGAAUGUCAAUAGGAUAUUCCCUUAAGUAACUUUAAAAUUUGUAUUGAAUGAGGGGUGAAGUCCUAUAAAUGAGUGCAUCAUUUUUAUUAGGAUACAUGUUGAAGCCACAGGUCAUAUUAGUGCUCACCUAAUUUGAAGCAGGUGAAUAAUCCCACCAAAUUUUGGGGGGGCUUGUUCUGGGUUUCCUAGCGUUCUUCCUAAAUUCCCUGGGAGGGACAGGGACACACUUUGGAGCAAAUGCUCUAGUUUGUUUCCCAGUGAGUGAAGAUAUUUACGAUAUCAGAAGUUGUUCAUGUACAAUAUCCCUGUCUACCAAAGCUAGCCAUGAAUUUGUUGAAACUUGGCGAUGAAGCUGUUGAUAUUUUGAAUGAAUGACAGGAACCUGGUAGUUGAUACUUGCUAACCUAAUCCAACAAAAAAUAAUGUCUCCAUCUUCAGUUUCCACUGUAAUAAACGUGGGACUUGCUUACUUCUGCCUAAAGGUUAAAAAAGAAAAAACAAACUAUUAUUAGGCUCUUGGAAGAGCAAAGAGGGCAAAGGUGAUUAUGCUUGUGUCUUGUCGUUGGUGGUUUGGAUGUCUGUAAACUAAAUUGCAAUUUAUAAAUUAGAGUUGCUCUAACGAGCAACGAAACCCAUUCUCGUUCUCGGACGCUGAUACCUUUAUUCUCUUGUGCAAGUGAGGGCUACUGACUCUCCUGCUUGCCACCACUAAGGUUGCUUCCCACCACUAAUGUCAUAGAAACCAGACUUUGUUAAGAGAAGAGGGAUUGCCUAAAGGCUAACCAGAGGCUGCAGGGAUGGGACAUUUCUGAACCUGAUGAUAGGGAGAACAAAGCAAAAGCAACUAGACUUAGAGGAGAAGGAAACCUUAAAAUAGAGCAGACAGUACUGUGAGUCAGACUGUAAAGGCUUUAGGUGGCCCAGGGGAAAUCUGGAGAGUUGCACAAAAGCAAGUGGGUUACAGUGAUGCAGAAGGCAGCUCUGUACCAGCUCCUCCCCCUGGCGCUAAUGCUCAGCUUCAGUUUUCACUGAUUUCCAAGGGGGGAGCAGGGUCAGAAGCUGUCUCUGCCUCAUCACCAGUGUAAUGGUAACCACAAGACUUUCACUGCCUUAAAGGUGACAAAUGUAAAGUUUGCUUACCUGAGCAAUGUGAACUCUAAUUGCUUGCUUGAAUUCCUUGAUGCUUUUGUUUUGGUUUGGUUUUUUGUAUUCUAUAAACCAAAUCUCUUCUUUCAAUCUGGUUAUUUUGCUGAAGGAGUGAUCCCAUAAGGUGCUGGUUUGGGGGUGGGGGAAUGAGGGUGUUUAUCUCCUUUGGGGAACCCAGAAACUCAGUCUACUGUUAAAGACAGUCACUUGCUUGAAUCCUGUAUUUUGCUGUGAAUCUCAGCCAAAAAUAUUUGUGUAGAUAGGAAAAACUUGUUUAAUGGUGAGAAAACCAGAAGAGCAGCUGAAUUUAGAAGAUGGAUGGCCACAAGGGUGUCUGCUGCACCAACAGUUUUUGAAUGAGUGUAACAGUCAAUGCUAGCUUUAAAAAGUGUUUUCUUUGCUAUCUAUGACUGUCAAACUAAACCUUCACAAAUAUGUUAGGAUCCUACAAAUUUCUGUGUGAGUUCCAAGUUUCGUAUUGAAAAUAACUAAAUACCUCAAUUCUUUCAGUCUAUUUUCCUGAACACCUGGUCCUAUAAGGUGCUGAUUUUAGAGGGUAAGUGAAGGUACCUACCUCCUCUGUUUCAUUCUUGUGAAUGAGUUUGAUUUCCCCUGAUCUUCUUUCCCCACUGUGAAAGUGUUUAUGCAUUUUUUUGUCCUUCCAAAGCAGAAGUGCCUCUCCAGCAGAAAUGCUGAAUAACAUUGCUGUGCUAAAGACGGCCUAAGUUGGUGAGAAUUUUACCAACUCUCUCUGAGAUGCAUAACACAAGGAGGACCACAGGCUUCCUUCCUAUACGAAUCAGAAUAAUCAGUGGCAAAAAUUAUGUCACACCAAAGAAUUAGAAAGCUAAAAUGUAUGUCUCACAGAAACCUGAUUUUCUAUUCAAGGAAUUGUUUAUCUGUAAUGGAAGCCCAAUCUACCCUUAAGCUUUGUUUGCCUAUAUAAAGCCAAGAAAAGGGGAGUAAAAUCUCAGCAAGGUGAAAUCAAUGUAUUUCCAAUGCUUGUCAUUCUGUUCUAUGUAUCAUUAUUACCCUCUCUGCAAGAAGGUAAGUAAAGACAAAAAGCUUUAAUUAGUUUUAAAUGUCUCAGAGCUCUGUGAGUCUGUAGCCAAUCAAAGCAAAGAAAAUCAUCUGACAAAUGAGUUAUGUGCAUGUUUUUCUUUUGGUAACUGCUGAUGGCACAUUGUUGCACUACAUGCAUUUGUACUUUAAAAUCUAUUAAAAAUAAUUGAUUAUAGUGAAA